AUGUCUUCCUCUUUUGCUGAAGGAGACGAGAGUGUCUUCGAGCGUUUGCAACAGCGAGCAGACCCCAAGGUCUUGGAAGAGCAACAACAGGCCGUGAAUGAGCGCAUGCAAGCCAUUUAUCAAAAGGCCCAGAACCGACUUGCUGAAUUGAUUGACGAAAAUUCGACCUUGCCCUGCACCAUAUCCUCUGUUCAAGUUACCAGUGCCCCUCAUACCCGACGAAGUUUUCUUGAGCGCAACUUGAGCCCACUUUUGAGCGCAAACAAGGGUCGGCCUUAUAUAUUGUCCGAAGCGUUGCGGGAAGUGUCGGCUACCGCAGAUAAACUUGGACGUUUCGAUCUAUUCCACCAGCCUAUUUCGGUCUACUUGGAUGAGUCGCAAGGCCAAAAUGGCAUGCGCAACAUCGAUGUCCACCUGGCGACGCGAGAGAAGUCACGCGUGCUGAUGAAGACCGGAACCGACUUGGGUAAUGCAGAAGGCUCAGCCUAUGGUAAUCUCCUCUGGCGCAAUGUCUUUGGUGGCGCCGAGACUUUGAAUUUAAACGCUUCUCUUGGCACCCGGACACGGUCCGCUUACCAGGCUGCAUUCGAGACUCCGAUCUUGGGUGAUCCCGAUUUCCGCCUAGAAAUCGGUGGUAUUGCAAGCUCCACCCAAAAGUCUUGGGCAAGCCACGAGGAGGUUCUCAAGGGUGGCUGGAGCAAGCUCCGAUGGGUGUCCAAAUCAGGCCACCGUCACGAAUUUGGAUACAACGGUUUCUGGAGACAGCUCACUGGCCUUGCAGAGAACGCCUCCCCUACCGUCCGUGGAGACGCAGGUGACAGCGUGAAGAGCAGCAUCUUUCACAGCUGGGUUAAUGACCAGCGGGACAAUACCCUUCUGCCAUCUCGUGGUUACUAUGCCAAGGCCUUCAACGAGCUGGCCGGAUUUGGCCUGCUCAAGGGCGAUGUCUCGUUCUGGAAGUCUGAAAUUGAGACACAAGGUGCCAUCCCUAUUCCAAUUCCAGGAAUCAAUGGUGACAGCGGCGUCAGUCUCACCACUGGAUUCCGUGCCGGCAUUCUCUACCCUCUUGGACUGGACUCCAACCCCCGCCCUCAACUUUCCCGUGUCAACGACCGCUUUCAGCUUGGAGGACCUACUGAUGUCCGUGGAUUCCGCCUCUGCGGCCUCGGUCCUCGCGAGGGCGUUGAUUCACUAGGCGGUGAUGUGUACGCCGCCGGAAGCGCCAAUCUACUGUUCCCACUUCCCCGACUUGGUGCUGAGAAGCCCGUGCGGUUCCAGGCCUUCUUGAAUGGCGGCCGCUUGCUUUCUUUGCAAACCUCACAGAAAGCCACUCCUACUACUAAUGGUCAGGUGCAGGAUGCCCUAGUUUCAACUCUUUCUGAACUACAAAACGGACUGCCCAGUGUCGCAGCUGGCUUUGGUAUUGUGUAUGCUCAUCCUGUCGCUCGCUUCGAGCUUAACUUUUCCUUGCCUCUAGCAUUGCGAAAGGGCGAGGAAGGCCGCAAAGGGCUCCAGCUGGGCAUCGGCAUCAAUUUCCUGUAA